UGCACUCUAUGUACACUAUGGCAGUAUUUGGGAUACGGCCUUCAUGUUGCGGGUCGUGUGACGUCACUCCGGCGACGGUUGUGUGCUGUACACUCGGCUCAUUUAGCUUACAGUCCUGCAUAUUCGGAAUAAAAGAUGGCGGUGAAUACAGGGACGUCUCUGGUGUUGUCCAGUCUGCUGUCUGUGCUGGUCUUUGCUGGCAUGCAGAUGUUCAGCAGGCAGCUGGCCUCCUCUGAGUGGCUCACCAUCCUGGGAGGUUUCCUGGGCUCCUUGCUCUUCAUCUGCUCCCUCACUGCCUUUAACAAUCUGGAGAAUCUUGUCUUUGGUAAAGGUUUCCAGGCAAAGAUCUUUCCAGAGAUUUUUCUGUGUCUGUCCCUGUCCCUGUUCGCAUCUGGUUUGGUGCAUCGUGUGUGCGUCACCACAUGCUUGAUAUUCUCGCUCUUUGCUCUGUACUACAUCAACAAAGUGUCAGCAGCUCUUUACCAGGUGGCCGCUCCAGUAGCAACUCCUGCCAAAACCACCGGCAAGGGCAAAAGGAAGAACUAAAUGAUUGAAUCUGCCCACAUCGUCCAACAACAGCAACAUUGAUUAUUUGGCAUAUUCCUAUAAUGUUUUGUUUGAAAUUUGGCCCAUUUUAUGAUUACUACAUUCCAUUCCACAAGCCAAAUUAAUCCCCAAUCAGGAGUCACACAGAUUAUUAAUGACCCAAAAUACAUAUAUGAUUCAUGUAAAUAUUUGUCUGGUUACGCAAAUACAGCAUUGCGUUACACUUGUUCACAAACUGCAGUAAAUUGACCUGCACUGAUUCCUGAUUGAAUCUGUAAAGAUUACUCAGUCAUGUCGUUACAUGGUACUCAUGUCGUACCAGUCAUAGCUGUGUGAAUUGGUUUCUCUUAUGAAGUAUUUUUGUUAAAGGAUUUGCUAUUAAAACACUUAAAAGCCUUAAACGAUGCUUGUUGUUUUUGUAUUCUGUGACAGAAUGAAUGCAAGCAAAUUAAAACACUGACAUGACAAGA